AUGUACAGCGUUCAUUGGGGUGCACAUGUGGUCAAUGGCGACACUUUCCAGUUCCAGACAUUCAACAGCAAGUACGCGCGCGAUCUGCCCAUGACUCAUGCUUCCAUUGCAAUACAACAUUUUACUAUUCUCGCGUUUAUACGAGAUCCAAAGGGGGCGUCAUGUGUCGUGUGUAUGCUUUCCAUGGUUGUCGUCAGGGAGGGUCGCAACCUAUUGUUACUAUGGCUUGGACACGUUGGAUUAUGGUACCUGUGGCAGCAACAGGAUACGGAUCUCAAAGCAAGAAUGCUGUAUGGUUGGCUCAAUGGUAUGCGUGGUAUUCGAUCUACAAAGCAAAUCAUGUUAAUUAACGAGCCUUGCAAUGACACAGCAGCAGCACCUACUGGAUGGCAUGGACAUACGGUUUCUAUUUGA